AUGGUGGAGGCAUGUGGAUACCGUAGCUCAAUGGUCGGACUGCACAAAGGCGGAAUGACGAAGGUUGCGUUCGCGCAGUCCCACGGUUCGACUCGGGGAACAGUCGGACGUAUCAUUAACAAGUUGCAAACGUUUGGCAGGAUCGAGGAUGGCUUAAGAUCAGGAAGAUCCCGCUCUGAUGCAGAAUCAGUGGACAGUGGACAUCGUUCGAAAGCGCGUCGAUUGGCAUCCAAAGCGCAGUAUGAGUCAGAUAGCCCGAGAGCUAAAGUUGUCCAAGUGUACUGUCUGAACCAUCGUCAAGAAACAGCUAGGGUUGACCCUUCUUUGUAUUCGUAA